ACAACUCUCAACUGAACAUCCUCCGAAGAGCACAUCACACUCUCCGGGUGCUUAACCAUGUCAGACACAGAAGAAGCUGCUCUUGAGGAGCAACACGCCGAGGACAAUGAAGGAGAAGAUGCAAAGCCCAAGUCAAGACCUGGUUUUGUGCCCGGUCUGGCCCCUCCAAAAAUCCCAGAGGGAGAAAAAGUGGAUUUUGAUGACAUCCACAGAAAACGAAUGGAGAAGGACUUGACGGAGCUCCAGACGCUGAUUGAAGCUCACUUUGAGAAGCGUAAGAAGGAAGAAGAGGAGCUUCUUAGCCUCACUGAUCGCAUCGAGAAACGCCGGUCAGAGCGAGCAGAGCAGAUGAAGAUCAGGGCAGAGAGAGAAAAAGAACGGCAGACCAAAGCGGCUGAAGAGAAAGCAAGAAAAGAAGAUGAAGAAGCAAAGAAGAAGGCAGACGAGGACGCAAGGAAAAAAUUAAUACUGUCCAACUUGAGUUUCACUGGAUACAAGACACAGACCGGGCCGAGGAGACAAACAGAGAGAGAAAAGAAGAAGAAGAUCCUGGGUGAGCGGCGGAAAGAGCUGAAUAUUGACCACAUGAGAGAGGACGCCCUCAGGGAAAAAGCAAAGGAGCUGUGGGAGAAGGUUCGUCAGCUGGAGGCCGAGAAGUUUGAACUUCAGUAUAAGCACAACAAGCAAAAGUAUGAGGUAACCGUUCUGAGGAAUCGUGUCAGUGAUCAUCAGAAAGUUUCAAAGGGGAGAAGAAGCAAGCGCGGCCUAAGGAAGUAACACCCAACAUCUGAGGAUCAUCUGACAGCCAAGAAGUUACUGGGAGGAAUGGGAACCUCAUAGUAAUGUUGCUUAAAUACAUUACAAUCUUGAAACGCAUAAAAUGCUCUUAAACACGUUUUCUGUUUCACAAUGUGCAUGCUAAGUUUACCUUCAGGAGCGUUUGAUCAGAUGGAUCGGAUGUGUUUCAGCUUGUGUUGAUUUAGCAGGGAUUUGACAGAUGCACGUUUAAUAGUUACGCCUUUAGCAUUUCAAAGUAUCAAAGUUGAUAACUUGACUAAUCUCAUUCUCUAA